UGGCGGUCUGAUGUAAGCAGAAUGUGAGUUUCAGCGACCUGAAGCACUGGAAACGUCGCGGGUGAUGUUUACUGUUUCCCGUCCGUGAAAGAAUAACGUCAGGAGUUAUAUGCCGAGUAUGUCUCCACGGCUCCGGUGAUCUUCUACCGUCUGUUUCCCGGUAGCAGAGUUUGGGAUUCGAUACCGAGUGAGCGGACUCUAGCUGCCCGGGCUCGGUGCGAGGCUUUUCAGCCCCCGCCACCGGGGAGGAAGCCUCGGUUUUACGCAGGCAGCAAAGCCAGGGUUUGAAGAAACGUGUUCCACACAUGAAGAGCCAUCUGACAACACAGCCACAACGCAAGAACCCAGAGCCUAUGGAUCCCAUUGACUCUGAACAAGGGCAAGAGAAGCCAUCAGAGCAACAGUGGGAUUUAACGCCCAGCUCAAAAGGACGACAACGCAAGAAAAAUCCCAAAUAUUCUGAUUAUGAAACUGAUGGCACAUUUGUUGUGCAGAAAACACUUAGAAAGAGUUCAAGGGGCGGAGGGACUACUUCUAAAACGAGUCCGGCAAAGACUGAAAAAGCUGAAAAUGAUAGACAACAACCUGCAGAUGGAGAAAAAGAAGCAACGGACAAAACACCUAAAGAAUCUGAUGAAAAAUCCUCAAAGGACACUCCUAAAAGGUUAGUGAGAGCCAGGAAGACACCGUCGAAAAAGACUCCUGCCAAAAAGACUCCCGCCAAAAAAACUCCUGCUAAAAAAACUUCCACCACCGAUGGGGACCUCUUAACUGGAGAGCGUGAAGAUGUAGAUACUGUGCAGCAGGAAAAUGGGACACCAAAGCCAAAGAGAAAGUUUGUAAGGAAGCAGCCUGCACAGAAAGCAACACUGGUUACAGACCCACCAUGUGAGGAGCCUCAAGGGGAACGUCCAGCUGAACCUGAGGAGGAGGUUGAACCGGGUGGUCGCCGCAGGAGAGGUGCUGCUAAAGCGGCUUUGAAGUACCUCCACAUCUUGGCAAAAGAAGUGUUUGGUCAUCCCAAUGAUGAGUCAGAUCGAGUCACAGAGCGGAAAAGUCCCAAAGGAGUCAAAGUGCGUAAAGGCCAAAAGAGGAAACGCUGUGAUUUUAACAGUGAUGCAGAAGAUGAUGAGGACUUCGUGCCAGACGCUGAGGAAGACGAGGUUGAGGAGAUGGAAGAUGAAGAAGAAGCAGAGGGCUCAGAUUUGGACUUAAGCUUCGGGACAGGUGGACGAAGUCCAGGAUUUCGUCUCAUCAACAGGAGCAAUACAGGCUCCAACGCCAAGACCCCCAACGGACUGACCAUGAAUGUCAUGAAAACUGUCUGGGAGUCCUUUGAGGCGACCAAGAAAUUCCGGGAGGAGCACUACAGCAGCUGGGUGUUCCCAGAGUGGGUCCCCACCACGAGUGAUUGGCACCUUGUACCACAAAGUGAUUUGGAGAAAUACCUGCCUCAGGAGCUUUGCUCAGCUGCUUUCAAAGUGUCCAGAGAAGGCCUCAGUAAGGAGGAGACACCUUUGCAAAGGCUCAGCAGGUUUGCAGCAGAGUCCGCUCACCCAGAACGCUGGGACAUGCUGCUGUAUGCUGGGGGACCGGUCUGGGCCAUGGAGUGGUGUCCGACACCUGAUGGUGCUCCGGCCACCCAGUACAUCGCUCUGGCCUGUCAUCGAGGGAUGGACGACCAGCACCACGUCAACAAGACAUACGCUGGACCUGGACUCAUUCAGCUGUGGGACGUGGGCAAGCUGGAGUACAACAGCAGGCCGGACUGCCAGCCGGUCUUGGCCUAUGGCUUGGCCCAGGACAAAGGCUUCAUCUGGGAUCUGAAGUGGUGUCCUGCAGGAGGCUGGGAGCUCCCCAGCUGUGGCAGAAAGGAUCCUUUCCUGCCCAGACUGGGUCUUCUGGCAGCUGCCACCUCCACCGGCGUGGUCACCAUUUACAGCCUGCCCCACCCUAAUGCUCUGCACUCCAACAAGAAGCUCCCUGGAAAAGCCAGCAAACAGCUGCCAAUAUAUCAGGCAGACGGAGUAUUGACACUGAAGCUUGGCGCCUUCAAAGCCCCUCGGCAUGAAAAAAGUGGACAAGUCCUGUCUAUGGACUGGCUGCCUGAAAAACCACACAAUAUAAUGGCUAUUGGAUUUUAUGAAGGUGUAGUAGGUCUUUGGGAUCUGACCACAAAGUCUGCGUUGUUGCGAGUGCGAGAGUCAGACGGAUCUCUGAGUCUGCUGCCCUAUCGAUGCUUGCUCGCUCACGACCACGCUGUCCGGGCCCUGGCCUUCUGUCCUGCCUCCAGACACCUGUUGGUGACAGCAGGAGAAGACCGUUACGUGAAGACGUGGGAUCUGCGGAGGCGCGAUGAUCCAGUCACUGUUCAGAAACGCUAUCUGACCAAUGAAAUCUACUGGCCACUGAAUGCACCUGGCCUCUUGAUGGCCCAGGACUCCGCCUAUGUAGCGAAGGGUUCACAGGGGGUCCAUUACUUUGACCAUUACAUGUCCUCCCUCUUUGCAGUUCCUAGGACUGGCACUCUGUGGUCCAUAUCUUACACUAGUUGGCUGAACAGCAUGGUGACAUCAGACAGCCUCGGUGAGGUGAUCCUCGCCCUGUUACCUCAGAUGACCUGCAGUCCUCCAUACCUCAAACGCACAAUAGAGAGACGAUUUCCCGUCUACUUCACAUCUCUGGUGCCUUUUGAUUCAACUGAAGAAGAAACUCAAGAGACGGGAGGAGCGGAGGAGGAGGGAGGUGGUGCUGAAGAGCAGGAACAGGAAGGAGGGGAGACAGAAGGACGGGAUAAUGGGACUGAAGGAGGGCAUGAGAACGGAGGAGGAAGAGGCAGAAAUGACAAAGGUUCCCCUCUACGUUUCCAGACAUACAGAGAAGCUGUGAAGAAAUACUGCCUCCACCACACGGACAAUAAUAUGCGAACCUUUGCAGGAAGUGAGAAGCGAGCCGCGUGGAAACGCAUGAAAGACACAGAAGUGAAGACAAAGAUGAACCUGGAUGAGAUGCCACUGGCUGCACUACACAAGGUGCGUUUCAACCCGAACAUGAACUGCCACACCUGGGUGGUGUCUGGAGGCCAGACGGGGCUGGUCAGACUGAACUGUCUUCAGAGUAUGAUCAGCUCUCACGUCAAGGAUAAGAUAAGUGAGAACCAGGCCCAGUUCAAUGCACUGUACUCACCAAAAGAGCAGAAGGAGGCCGUCCAAACUGUGACGAAGCAGCUAUAGCAAGACUUCAGCUUCAGAAUCAGAAGGUGGAUCACACUGUCACACGAGUGUAUGACUGCAAAAACACAAGCCUGCAAAAACAAAAAGUAUUUAAAGAGUGGUGAAAAAAUAUUCGUUUUCAUUUGCACAUACAGUAUACGUUAUCUUUUUCAUUUCAUGUUUCAAGUGGCCAACAAACAAAUGAUCGACCUUAUCCACUUUAAACUUAAGUAGGAAAAAUGAAACGAUUUGCUGGUUCAUUGCAUUUCUUCAACAGCGGCUCGAUAAAUACUCCCCCAUGAAACUGUUCCUCUCAUGGGAAUUCAGCUUUGGUUAAUGGGGAACCACAGGUAAGUGAAUCCUCCUAUGACUCGUGUUUCCACAGACUGAAUGUUGAUCUGCUUUACCUCCCUCCAAAUGUCUCAUGGACAUAACUAUUUCAGUCCUUUUACACCAUAUUAUGAUCAGAAGUGACAGUUUAUUUGCAUCCAGGCAGUUAGAGUGUGGCUGACAGUGCCUUGUUUAAAACGUUAGCAGGUUGUACCUGUUGAUUAUUGAUUCUAAGUAAAUCAGAUUGGGUUUCUGGUGAUAUGAAUGACUGAGCAGCAAACUGUGAGAAACUGGGUAAACCUCAGCCUUUUCAUUAUUGUGACAAAUAUUUCUGUUUCUAAUCAGCGAGACAUUCCAUUGCUGCUCAUCAUGAAUUUCAGUUUUUGCGUUUCUUUGCCUUAUCAGUGAGUUUUCAGCCACAAGAAUGUCGUCGCAUCAGUCGCUCGAUCAAAACCACUUGUGUUGUUUCAGACUCUUAGGUUCUCUUAGACUCUCUUUUAUGAUUUUUUUAUAGUACCCUAAAAGUACACUCUCUGAUUUGUUCUUAAUGCCCCAAAAUCUCCCACCACCUCAGUGCUGAUGUUUUAAAACUGCGAACUGUGCUGAGUUUCAAAACAUCAGUAACAACGCUGGAAAAUCAGUGUAUCUUUUAAGAUUAUUUUUGCUGCUGUAUUUUUGUAAUUGUAUUGUGUAAUUUCUCUUUUGUUAUGUUCAACUACUCAGGUUAUAACUGAAGGGAAAUACUUGAACAUACUUUUUAGGUCUUUUUCUGUCUUUUUUUACCUGUUAAAUUUAUUUCUGCUGUUGUUAUUCUGAUAAUUCAAAGGUUUUGAUUCACAAUUUUGUAAUUAUAACAGCUGCAGACUUAAUUUAUUUUUCAGUGUCUGAAAAAAUUAAGAGAUGUAAUUAUUUACAGACGUAGCUGUCUCUUCUUUUGAGACUCUGUUUAGCUUUGUUUUAUUUUUGAAAUGUUGCAUAUAAUAAAUGUUUUUGUAAUAAAUAA